GAGGGCCGGCCUGAGCUCCCGCCCACGCAGCGAUCCCAAGAGAACUCGUCCUCAGUUGGGAGAACCCCUCUACCUAGUGGACACCGCAGUCAGCCCGGCUCUCUCCUCCCUCCCUUCUGAGUCUGGGGCACUAGGAAACUUCUCUUCUAACUUGCAGCAGGGGCGCCGGUGGGCACGGGGACGCCGCGACCGAGGAGGCGGUGUGGUUGGGGGCGCUAAGACAGGCGCUGAGCCGCACUCUUCAGAGAUGGCCCCUUGGCUGGGGAGAAGGCGGCGGCGGCGGCUACCGCUACUGCUCCUCCACCUUCAGCGCCGCUGCCUCCACCUCCUUCUCCCGGGCCUUCUGCUGCUGCUCCUGCCACCUCCCUGCAGCGCCUUCAACCUGGACGUGGAUAGUCCCGCAGAGUAUUCUGGCCCGGAGGGAAGUUACUUCGGCUUCGCGGUGGAUUUCUUCGCCCCAGACCCUUCCUCCAGAAUGUUCCUUCUGGUUGGAGCUCCCAAAGCAAACACUACCCAACCUGGCAUUGUAGAAGGAGGGCAAGUACUCAAGUGCAGCUGGUCUUCCAAUCGCUUGUGUCAGCCAGUGGAAUUUGACUCAACAGGCAAUAGAGAUUAUGCGAAGAAUGAUCCAUUGGAGUUUAAAUCUCAUCAGUGGUUUGGAGCAUCUGUGAGAUCUAAGCAAGAUAAAAUUUUGGCCUGUGCUCCAUUGUAUCACUGGAGAACCGAACUGAAACAAGAGAGAGAACCUGUUGGAACAUGCUUUCUACAGGAUGGAACAAAGACUGUUGAGUAUGCUCCCUGCCGGUCAAAAAAUAUUGAUGCUGAUGGACAGGGAUUUUGUCAAGGAGGAUUCAGCAUUGAUUUUACAAAAGCUGACAGAGUACUUCUGGGAGGUCCUGGUAGUUUUUAUUGGCAAGGUCAGCUCAUUUCUGAUCAAGUGGCAGAAAUCGUGUCUAAAUACGACCCUCAUGUAUACAGCAUCAAGUAUAAUAACCAGUUAGCAACUCGAACAGCUCAGGCUGUUUUUGAUGACAGCUACCUAGGUUAUUCAGUGGCUGUUGGGGACUUCAAUGAUGAUGGCAUAGAAGACUUUGUUUCUGGAGUUCCAAGAGCUGCAAGGACAUUGGGAAUGGUUUAUAUUUAUGAUGGAAAAAAUAUGUCAUCUUUGUAUAAUUUUACUGGAGAACAGAUGGCUGCAUAUUUUGGAUUUUCUGUAGCUGCCACUGACAUUAAUGGAGAUGAUUAUGCAGAUGUAUUUAUUGGAGCCCCUCUCUUCAUGGAUCGUGGGUCUGAUGGCAAACUUCAGGAAGUGGGUCAAGUCUCCAUGUGCCUGCAGCAAGCUUCAGGAGGUUUUCAGAUCAUAAAGCUGAAUGGCUUUGAGAUCUUUGCUAGAUUUGGUAGUGCUAUUGCCCCUCUGGGAGAUCUUGACCAGGAUGGUUUCAAUGAUGUUGCAAUUGCUGCCCCCUAUGGAGGUGAGGACAAACGAGGAAUUGUUUAUAUCUACAAUGGAAGAGCAACUGGCUUAAAUUCAGCACCAUCUCAAAUCCUAGAAGGACAGUGGGCUGCCCGGGCCAUGCCACCAAGCUUUGGGUACUCAUUGAAAGGAGCCACAGAUAUAGAUCAAAAUGGAUAUCCAGAUUUAAUUGUAGGUGCUUUUGGUGUGGACCGAGCUGUUUUAUAUAGAGCCAGGCCAGUUAUCACUGUAAAUGCAGGCCUAGAAGUUUAUCCCACUAUUCUAAAUCAAGAUAAUAAGACCUGUCCACUUCCUGGCACAGAUGUCAAAGUUUCCUGUUUUAAUGUGAGAUUCUGCCUAAAGGCUGAUGGCAAAGGAAGACUUCCAGAGAAACUAAAUUUCCAGGUUGAACUUCUUUUAGAUAAACUGAAGCAAAAAGGAGCCAUUAGGAGAGCCCUGUUUCUCCAUAACAAAUCCCCUGGACACUCAAAGAACAUGAGUAUUUCAAAGGGAGGUCAGAUGCAAUGUGAAGAGCUUACCGCAUAUCUACGGGAUGAAUCUGAGUUCCGAGACAAGCUCACUCCAAUUACUAUUUUUAUGGAAUAUCGGUUAGAUUACAAGACUGCAGCUGAUGUGACUGGAUUGCAACCCAUUCUUAACCAAUUCACUCCUGCCAAUAUUAGUCGACAGGCUCACAUUCUCCUGGAUUGUGGUGAAGACAAUGUCUGUAAACCCAAACUGGAAGUUUCUGUACAUAGUGAUCAAAAGAAGAUCUAUAUUGGUGAUGACAACCCUCUGACACUGAUUGUUAAUGCCCAGAAUCUAGGGGAAGGAGCCUAUGAGGCUGAGCUCAUUGUGUCCAUUCCACCCCAGGCAGAUUUCAUUGGUGGUGUCCGUAAUAGCGAAACUUUAUCAAGGCUUUCCUGUGCAUUUAAGACAGAGAAUCAAACCCGCCAGGUGGUAUGUGAUCUUGGAAAUCCCAUGAAGGCUGGAACUAAACUUUUAGCUGGUCUUCGUUUCAGUGUGCACCAACAAUCAGAGAUAGAUACUUCUGUGAAGUUUGAUUUACAAAUCCAGAGCUCUAAUUUGUAUGACAGAGUUAGCCCAAUGAUAUCUUACAAAGUUGACCUUGCCAUUUCCACUGCUGUUGAGAUAAGAGGGGUCUCAAGCCCUGAUCAUGUCUUCCUUCCCAUUCCAAACUGGGAGUAUAAAGAAAAUCCACAGACUGAAGAGGAUGUUGGGCCUGUAGUACAGCACAUUUAUGAGCUGAGAAACAAUGGUCCAAGUUCAUUUAGCAAGGCAAUGCUGAAUCUCCAAUGGCCUUACAAAUAUAAGAACAACACUUUGCUGUAUAUCCUUCACUAUGAAGUUGAUGGACCAAUGAACUGUACUUCAGAUAUGGAGAUUAACCCUUUGAAAAUUAAGAUUUCAAGCCCUCAGAUAGAUGAAAAAAAUGAAACAAUCUUAGGACAAGGUGACCGGAAUCAUCAUGUCAGUAAACGGAAUUUGCCUCCCAGUGAAGGAGAUGUACACACUUUGGGAUGUGGGAUUGCUGAAUGCUUAAAGAUUGUCUGCCAGGUUGGUCGCCUUGAUAGGGGAAAGAGUGUAAUCCUGUAUGUAAAGUCUCUGCUGUGGACCGAGACAUUCAUGAAUAAGGAAAAUCAGAAUCAUUCAUACUCACUGAAAUCCUCAGCUUCAUUCAAUGUCAUAGAAUUUCCCUACAAGAACCUCCCUAUUGAUGAUAUUCACAACUCUACAUUAGUCACCACAAAUAUUACCUGGGGUAUUCAGCCCUCAACCAUGCCAGUGCCUUUGUGGGUGAUCAUACUAGCUGUCCUAGCUGGAUUAUUAUUAUUGGCUGUUCUGGUUUUUGUAAUGUAUAGGAUGGGGUUCUUUAAACGGGUCAGACCACCUCAAGAAGAACAGGAAAGAGAACAGCUUCAACCUCAUGAAAAUGGUGAAGGAACUUCAGAUGCUUAACAACUGUUAAUUUAUGCAACAUACUUACACUUUAGAAUUGCCAACUUCUUUAUGGAUUUCAUUUUCUCUCAUGAGGAAUAAACACUCCAUGAUGGCACUGCUGAUCACUCCCCUUUGGCAUUGAUGGAUAGUCUUAAACAACAAAAUGAGAGCAAUAUGUGUCAACCAUCUCUUGUAUUAAGCAUGUUCCUAAUCCCACUAGUAAUACACAUGCACUGAAAUGUGCAGAAAUCACAAGUAUUAUUUAGUGAUUUUGAUAAUCAGAUUUCAAGAGACUGUGCUCUAUUUGAUGCAUACCAGACCGGUAGUUCUGGAGGUACCACGUGGAUUUAAUGAAAAUCUCAAAAACCAGCAGCUUUUGUAGUUACUGUUUCUGUCUUUUCUUCCCUUUAAGACAAGACUUUAUUUGGGCCUUGGCGUCCAAUUCUUCUGUAAAGAUUCAUGCUGUUAAAUAAGCAUUACACUACAGGUGAUUUUCAAGCUACUAAUGGACACAUACAGACAAAACUUAGUGAACUUUGGCUUCCAAGAUUAUUUGAAUUCAUUUUAGUAUAUUACUAUCUAUGUGACCCUUUCAGUACUAUAAAUGAACUAGAUACAAACACAGCCGUCAGAAUCACUAAAAAUGUUUGAGCCUUUUUUAUUGCAUUGUAUUUUUUGAAAAAUAGCUUUUGUUUCAAGGAUUCUUUAGUAAAUCUAUACUCAUGCAAAACAUUAGAUAUCUAACUGUAAACUUUUGUACAAUAGUUGAAUUUUAAUAAUUACAUUAAAAUCAGCACCCUGAAAGCCAUAUAGGGACUUUAUUAAUUUUAAAUUACCUUUAUUUCCAUUUUUAGUUAAAUAACAUGGAUGUAUUCUUCAUCAGUCAAAUAUUGUGGUAUUUAAUUUUAAUCAACUUUUAGAAAGUGACCACAAGCUAUUAUAAGUAAAAAUAUUAAUGAAAAGAUCUUCAUUAUUGAUGUAGCUGUUUAUUGUUAUUGAUUUACUUCACUGUAACAGUUUUGUAAUAUAUGAAUAUUGAUCUUAAUAUUACACUUUUCUUUAUAUUUUGAAAUUGACGUAUAGAAAAAAUAGCAAGAAAAAUGAAAAUGGGUUCACUUUGGCUAAAUUUGCUCUUCCUUACUAAGCAGAAAUGUUUCUUUGUUAAAAACAGAAUCAACGCCUCCACACCCUAGUCCAGUUGGCCAGGGGCUUUAUUUUUAGAAUAAUAGCUUACUAAUACUAAUAAAGUGUUUUCUCUGGGUUUUGAAAGACUAGUUGUAAACCAACCUUCAGUUUUUCCUAAUCUAUAAUUUAUGAAGGCAAUUUUAAAAAAUGCCU